UGGUGCCUGCUCUGAUCGUUCAUGAUUCACUUUGACCCUUUGCUGUGUAGAAAGCUCCUCUCCCCCGCUACAUCCUUGCCCUCGCUCUCACAUGCCCAUCUUUCAUGUUUUUGGUACUUUUUAGUUAUCCCGGCUCUCUGUUGCAGUGUGGGUUCUUACCACCCGCUCACUGUCGCAUUGCCGAUCACCAUGACCUCACUUUUGCUCUUGUUGUACAGUCUCCCCUCCUACCGUUGUGCCGCCGCCUAUUAUCCCCCCCGCUUAGAUGUAAAGAUACAGUCCGUGCAGAAAAGAACGGGAUGUGUCCCCGAUAUUUCCGGCUGAACUUGUGUGGUAUUUGUCGAUGGCUUUGGCUGCCUCGCCAGGGUGAUCAUACAGAUGUACGUGCGAUGUGUGAGAACUGCGUGUGCUUGGCAGUCGGGGAUGGAGCAAAUCCAUGCUGAUCCAAUCGGGGUUGCGUCGAUCGGCAAUGACCGGCCAGACACAAUCUGGGUCUGAGGCUUGCAUAUCCGAAGCUGCCCCUCAGCACGCCCAGAUGCUCAGAGGCCCGAUGGCUUGCUCGGCUCGUCCUGGAGCUCCAGCCGCGACUUUGGCUUCUCGCCCAGCACCA